GCGCCCCCUACCCUGUCACUCCUGUCGAUCGCCGAUGCCCGGCAGACCUGUCAAAAAUCAAUUUUGUGAUUUGUUGAUCUCGCGACUUGGACGUUGGAAUGCGGAAAAGUUCCACGUUUUUGCGUGCUAAAAACCACCCAAAUCGGAAACUGUCCCCGUUGAUACGUAAGUCUGCCGCAUUCUCGUGUUGGAAGUAAGGAUGGCAUUAUCUUUGAGGUGCAAGAGGCUUCUCAGGUUAUCCAUCCCCAGCAGACACUUUCUGAGGUCGUGCUCCACCACUUUGCCCGAAAAAAAAGGUCUGGUUUUGGGUGUGUACAGCGACGAUGAGUGUGGAGGGUUGGAGCUAACCCCAGCUGCCCAGAAAUACAACCAAAUUAGUCAAGGGAAACUGUUGGAGCAACUUAAGCUAACGGGAAAUAAGGUUAAGGAAGGCAAGACUUUCCAAUUUUGGGGACUGUGCGAGGACUUUCAAUCUGUUGUAGUCGUAGGGUUAGGAAAAAAGUCGAAACAAAGGGACGAUUUAGAGUUGAUAUGCGAAGAAAAAGAAACCGCUCGAAUAGCCGCUGCAGCCGGUUGCAGAGUUCUCUCCGCCUCCGACAUCAAAACCAUCCACGUCGAAAGCUUCGGCGACGCCGCCGCCUCCGCUGAAGGCAGCACUCUCAGCACCUACAAAUUCCAAGAAUACAAAACCAAAAAAUCCCCCCUCCCCCACGUCUCCCUCUUCACUUCAACCCCCGAAGAACCCACCCAAUGGGAGCGCGGCACCAUCACAGCCUCCGCCCAAAACCUCGCCCGCAAACUCAAAGACACGCCCUCCAACCUAAUGACGCCCACCAUCUUCGCCGAAACCGUCCUCCAGCUCGCCACGCCCCUCGACAUCUCCGUGCAAAUCCGCGACAAGCAGUGGGCGGAGCGCGAGAAAAUGGGCGGCGUUCUGGCAGUAGCGCAGGGCUCCAACGAGCCUUUGCGUUUCCUCGAACUGUCGUACAAGAAGAGCGACUCCGACCCCUUCGUUUUAGUGGGGAAGGGGGUGACUUUCGACUCGGGGGGCAUCAGCAUCAAGCCGUCUGCCGGAAUGGACGAGAUGAGGGGCGACAUGGGGGGCGCCGCUAGCGUGGUGGCGGCGGUGUACGGCUUGGCGCGCUUGGGGGUGGCGACGCACGUGAAGGUGUUGGUGCCGCUGGUGGAGAACAUGCCUUCAGGGGGCGCCAUCAAGCCGGGGGAUGUGAUUACGACGAGGAGCGGGAAGACGGUGUGUGUGGACAACACGGAUGCGGAAGGAAGGUUGAUUUUGGCGGAUGCGUUGUCGUACAGUGGGGUUUUUAAGCCGAGGUGGGUUCUGGAUAUAGCGACUUUGACGGGCGCGAUCAGGGUGGCCUUGGGUGGGGCGGCGUGCGGGGUUUUUAGUAAUUCGAAUGCGUUGUACGAGGGGUUGGAAGAGGCGGGGUCGAGGACUGGAGACAGGAUGUGGAGGAUGCCGCUGUGGAAGUACUAUACGAAGAUGGUGGCGGAGAAUACGGCCUAUGAUGUUAACAAUCUGGGGAAAGGGAAGGGAAGAGGUGGGUCGUGUACGGCGGCGGCGUUUUUGAAGGAGUUUAUUCCCGAGAAGACCGACUGGCUGCAUAUUGAUAUGGCCGGGGUUAUGGGUCAAGACGAGUACUUCACCUAUUUGGGGAAAGGAAUGUCUGGAAGACCCACCAGGACCUUGAUCGAUUUUAUAGAAGCUCAAUCUACAAAAACGGGAAAUAAGGUUAAGGAAGGCAAGACUUUCCAAUUUUGGGGACUGUGCGAGGACUUUCAAUCUGUUGUAGUCGUAGGGUUAGGAAAAAAGUCGAAACAAAGGGACGAUUUAGAGUUGAUAUGCGAAGAAAAAGAAACCGCUCGAAUAGCCGCUGCAGCCGGUUGCAGAGUUCUCUCCGCCUCCGACAUCAAAACCAUCCACGUCGAAAGCUUCGGCGACGCCGCCGCCUCCGCUGAAGGCAGCGCCCUCAGCACCUACAAAUUCCAAGAAUACAAAACCAAAAAAUCCCCCCUCCCUCAAGUCUCCCUCUUCACUUCAACCCCCGAAGAACCCACCCAAUGGGAGCGCGGCACCAUCACAGCCUCCGCCCAAAACCUCGCCCGCAAACUCAAAGACACGCCCUCCAACCUAAUGACGCCCACCAUCUUCGCCGAAACCGUCCUCCAGCUCGCCACGCCCCUCGACAUCUCCGUGCAAAUCCGCGACAAGCAGUGGGCGGAGCGCGAGAAAAUGGGCGGCGUUCUGGCAGUAGCGCAGGGCUCCAACGAGCCUUUGCGUUUCCUCGAACUGUCGUACAAGAAGAGCGACUCCGACCCCUUCGUUUUAGUGGGGAAGGGGGUGACUUUCGACUCGGGGGGCAUCAGCAUCAAGCCGUCUGCCGGAAUGGACGAGAUGAGGGGCGACAUGGGGGGCGCCGCUAGCGUGGUGGCGGCGGUGUACGGCUUGGCGCGCUUGGGGGUGGCGACGCACGUGAAGGUGUUGGUGCCGCUGGUGGAGAACAUGCCUUCAGGGGGCGCCAUCAAGCCGGGGGAUGUGAUUACGACGAGGAGCGGGAAGACGGUGUGUGUGGACAACACGGAUGCGGAAGGAAGGUUGAUUUUGGCGGAUGCGUUGUCGUACAGUGGGGUUUUUAAGCCGAGGUGGGUUCUGGAUAUAGCGACUUUGACGGGCGCGAUCAGGGUGGCGUUGGGUGGGGCGGCGUGCGGGGUUUUUAGUAAUUCGAAUGCGUUGUACGAGGGGUUGGAAGAAGCGGGGUCGAGGACUGGGGACAGGAUGUGGAGGAUGCCGCUGUGGAAGUACUAUACGAAGAUGGUGGCGGAGAAUACGGCCUACGAUGUUAACAAUCUGGGGAAAGGGAAGGGAAGAGGUGGGUCGUGUACGGCGGCGGCGUUUUUGAAGGAGUUUAUUCCCGAGAAGACCGACUGGCUGCAUAUUGAUAUGGCCGGGGUUAUGGGUCAAGACGAGUACUUCACCUAUUUGGGGAAAGGGAUGUCUGGAAGACCCACUAGGACCUUGAUCGAUUUUAUAGAAGCUCAAUCUACAAAGUAAUAUAACAAUAUAAAUAUUUGAGUAUAA